AUCAGAAGUUCUCUGUGGACGCGUGGGUCGUUGAGAAUUCCGAGACUGCGCCUGCGCUUAUCGGUUUCUUUGUCUGUAAAAUGGAGAUAAGCUGUGUCUGUAUUUCAAGGUUAUUGUGAGAACUGAGAUGACAGGAGUGUGUGUGGCAGUUGACUCCGCUGUGAAGAGCUGUAAAGAUGUCUGACAAGAACCAGAUAGCUGCCACAGCUUUCCUUAUUGAGCAACUGAUGUCUAAAAGGAAUUUUGAGAAUCUUGGCAACCACCUUACUGAGCUAGAAACAAUUUAUGUGACUAAGGAGCAUCUCCAGGAGACAAAUAUGGUCAGAGCUGUGUACAGAGUCCUCAAAAACUGCCCCUCGGUGGCUUUGAAAAAGAAAGCCAAGUGUUUGCUGUCAAAAUGGAAAGCUCUUUAUAAGAGCACUCACUUCAAAUCAAGAGACAGCCCUAAAUUAUUCACUACGAGUGGUAAUGAAGUAAACUCAAGGCUUCCUCACGACCCAAAUAAGGAUGAAAAACUGGAUGUCUGCAGUUCUAAUCCUCUGCUUUCAUCCCAAGAUGUUGAAAAACUUAGUGAAACGAUUGUGCUGGAAAAUAGCACUAUUCAGAAGGAAUCUAAGAAAGAGCAUGCUGAGGGUAGUGACCUUGCAUCCACUGGCAAGAGAUCAAUUGAGUUGCAGGAUCCCACAACACCUAUGAGAACUAAAUGCACAGAGCUUCUUUAUUCAGCUUUAACUAGUUCUUCCACAGAUCAGUCAAGAACUGAUUUGUGGCAAAACUUUGCAAGAGAAAUUGAAGAGCAUAUUUUUACCCUUUAUGCAAAGAACAUAAAAAAAUAUAAAACUUGUAUCAGAAGCAAAGUUGCCAAUUUGAAGAACCCCAGAAAUUCUCACUUACAACAAAACUUGCUCUCUGGGUCCAUAUCUGUAAGAGAAUUUGCUGAAAUGACUGUCAUGGAGAUGGCCAACAAGGAACUGAAGCAGUUGAGAGCUUCGUACACAGAAUCUUGUCUCCAGGAACAUUACCUUCCCCAAGUGAUUGAUGGCACACAGACCAAUAAAAUUAAAUGUAGACGCUGUGAGAAAUAUAAUUGCAAGGUCACUGUCAUUGCCAGAGGAACACUUUUCCUUCCAAGCUGGGUGCGGAAUUCAAAUCCAGAUGAACAAAUGAUGACCUAUGUAAUUUGUAAUGAAUGUGGGGAGCAGUGGUACCAUAGCAAGUGGGUGUGCCUGUAAUUGU